AUGGUGCGAACGCGCCCCCGCAACAAAUCACGACGCGUAGCCGUCAUAGACUACGACUCCGAGGGCGAACCCCCGGAGGCCCACGACGACUCCGAAGACGACAACUUCGAGGCGCCCCCGCCAGACCCGGAGGACGAUGAGGACGACCCGAUGGACCUCGACGGCGGCGACGGGGACGACUUCGAAGCCGACGACCCGUCAUCCCUCGCCCUCGACGCCUUCAACAACGAAUUCGACGAAGACGACGAGCAGCCCGCGUACACCAGCUCGGCCGGCCUGCGCAAACGGCCCGCCGACAUGGGCGCGCUGGAGAAGUACCACGCCGACGGCCGCCCGACGCGCUACUACACCGGCGUGCUGAAGCGAGGGCAGAGAAUCCAGGUUCUGGACUUCUUUUACGGGCCGGAGGAGGAUGCGAUCGGCAUCGCGGGGUGGAUUCUGAGUCGGUGGGCUGGGUACGGGGUUCUGCCGAGUAAAGUGGUUGAUGGGGCUGCGUGUCCCAUACCGAGUCCUUGGAUCGAGGAGGGGCAUCAGGAGAAGCAGAGGAAGGCGGCUGACGCAUGGUUCGCGAGGGUCAAGGAUGAUGAGGGGGUGAAGGAGGGCGAACGGGUGAUGAGUACAGGGGAGGCGGAGGAGUAUCGGCAAAAGGAGGUUCGGAUCGCGCCUUCUGGGAGCAUCGUUUUGUCUAAUUCAGGUCUACCUCUUGAGGAGACAACGGACGAGCAGGUUGCCGGGCUGAUGUUCGACGUUGGUGGGCUUGUGGUUGGUAUGGACUGGGCUAUCAGGGAAGAGGGAGAGUCACAAAUUCUUGCGCUCGCAGUUAUCCCACACUCUGACCAACAGCUUGGCGCCGAUUCCUCUUAUGACGAAGAGAAGGGCAUCAUUCAGCUAUGGGAGAUGCACAGCCGGACAGACGAUAACGGCAUGACGUAUCCACAGAACCGCCCAGCCCGACUCGCUCGAACAAUUUGCGCGGACUGGGGGAGAAUUAAGAGAGUCAAGUGGUGCCCCGUGCCGUUUACAGAUAAUGGCUUGCUGGGGCUCGUGGCACUAUUAUGCGGUGACGGCCAGGUCCACGUCGUAUCUAUCAAAGAACUGGACGACAGCCAAGACUCGUUUACCAAACUCGAAAACGAAGUCGUUUGCCUCGGCCUCCCCUUCGAAACAAACGUCACAGUAACCUGCUUCGCCUGGGUCAACACAAACCGCAUCGUAACAGGCCACUCCGACGGCUCACUAGCCCUCUGGUCCAUCGCCCCGCGCGUCUGCCUUGCGCGUCAUGACGUGCACUCGACAUACGUGAUGCACAUCGACACCGCGUAUCCCUCAAACCCGUAUCUCGUUGCGUCAACCCCGAUCGCGGGCUACACCACCCUCGUCGACCUGUCCGACCCGUCUUGCGAGCGUACCAGCUUCCCCUGCUUCACGAUCAGCCCGCAGCCGAACCUCUUGCAGUGGAACGACCACCUGCGGGGAUUCUUCAGCGCGGUGCCGUCGGCGAACCCGCUGAAUUCUUCAGUCGGGUUCAUCCAUUCCAGGUGGUACGCUGCGCAGGUGCGCAAGGUCAUGGACGGUGACAGAUUACCGACGUGUCUCGCCGUGGGCUUCCACCACCCGUUCGCGUUGGUGGGCUACCUCGAUGGGACCGUGUGGGCGGCGAACCCGUCGAACCGAAUAUUCGCGUCGAAGCAUCACUUCGGGCACAAGGUGAAGUUGUUCGAGCACGAGUACGUUCCACGAGAGAGGCUACCGCAGUCCACCGCGGAGACGAACGGAGACGGGAAUGAGUUCCGUGGCGUGGUGAGGAUACUGCAAGGUUUCCGACCCGUGCCCAAUGUUUAUCCGAAGAUGGACGCGGGGAGAGCGAAGGCGGCGGCGAACAAGAAGAAGGACAAGAAGGGCAAGAAGUCAAAGGCGAAAGCUAAGGGCAAGGCCAAGGCGGAUGCGGCUGAGGACGACGAUGCGGACGUGCAGGGCGGGCAGGAGGAGGGCGACGGGCACUUUGCGGAUCCCAAGAGAGCCGUGCUAUCGGAGCCUCUGACGCGGGUCAUGACUAUGGCGUGGAAUCCGAACAGGGACGUCUCGUGCUGGGCUGCUGUGGCGAUGGCAUCCGGAUUGGUGAGGGUCCUGGAUCUCGGUGUAGAGGUGUAA